CGGCAGAUCAGGUUCGAUCGGCUCGUUUAGGCAGACUUACAUUCCCACUCCGGUCCAAAGAUCAGGAGAAAAAAUAGGAGGCUGAGGAUCCCUCCAUACUAAUUCGCUGCCCAACGAUCACGUGGCGGGACACGGGCGCGGCGCGAACUUUUCGGGGGCGAAAGAUUGAUUAUUUUCUUCUCCGAUCCUCCGGCAAUGUCUUUCUCUCCGUCCUACGAUCUCAAGAGGAGGAGGACCGUGAAGGGUUUUUGCAAAAGAAGUCAUGGCCAUGGUACAAUCCUUAGAAGAGUCGGCUUCGUCAGAAUCGCUUUGGAGACACCUGCGUGACCAUCAUGGAAUAAGCAAGACAGAUUCACAGCGGCGAUUGUUAACAGAUCCAUCGUUCAACAUCCCCGCGAGAAUAACCGAUCACCCUUCCACCCCAACGGAAUCCAAACUCGCUUCCGGUCUACUCUACAACGAUGUCGCAGUUGAACACUCCGGCCGGGGGAUUCAACUGACGGUUAACGAGCAACAAUGCCUGAUCAGUUUGUGUAGAAGUAUGAUGGACCAUUACGAACUAGGUCACUACCCCAAAAGUUUCUGGAUUCGAAUCUCCACGGCACUACAGGAGCAAACUGGCCGCCGAUACUCAUGGCAGUCAUGUCGACGACGCAUUAUCGGUUAUAUCACGAAACGCAAGGCAUACUGGGCCGCUUACAAAUACAAUCAGAUUCCGGAGUGUGACAUACACAGCGACGUCGCAGAGGACAUUGAUUCCUGGAUGGGCUCAUGUGAUAAAAAGUUGGGACGGCCUGUGCGCCAUGAAGUCGCUCUGAAAGCGGCCGAGAAACCCGAAGAAGCCCCGCCACUUCGGGUAUCAGUUCAACAACUGAUAAAGUACACUCGGGUUUCAAAUUGGGUGGAAAGUCUUCCGCCACCCGCAGAGAUGGACCCUUUACCAACGAAAUUCGGCAUUCCUUCAUUGAGCUGGUGCCCUCCCUUCUCCAGUCACCAGUCAUUGUCUCAUUCCCAAUCUCCGAGCCAGUCACCGGUGCUCAACGAGAUCUCUAUGUACCGUCAGCGGGCGGGCGCUCCUCGUGGUAUCCAUCUCGCACCGUCGAACACUCCCUCCUACAGAGGGCAACCUACGGAGCAACAAGAGAGACCGAAACUCCCUCCAUUAACCAAUAGCGCGGUUCAAACUCAGGCUUCUCCAGGUGCUGUCCCUGAGACAUCUCACAAUACUCAGACUAGCAACAAACGACCUCGUGAUGACGAUGACGACGGCGAUGCAGCCCGUGAUCAUCCCGCUCGCCGUCUACGCCAAGACGAGCCCAGCCAUCCAUCGGGCACCGUAACUCUAAAUCAGGAAUCCGCAGUGAACGACAUAAAAGCCGUAGACAGCUCCGUCGAGAACACUUUUGGCAAACUCUGGGAGCGAGUUGCACCACUUUUCAAGGAUCCCGUUUUGGCCCAGGGUCCCGCGGCGAUGAAAUCCGAGUCCAUCAUGCGCGAUCUAUUCAGCGAAAUUGGAACGGCUCUAACCAAAGCAUUUACGAGAAUGAGAGAAGACAAUGACGAACCUCAGAAGAUGUGAAACGCAUACGGAGCAAUUUUUUUUUUUUAUCUUUUUAUCUUUUGCUAAGGCGCACCCAGCGGUAUAGUUCUCGUCUCUGUUUAUCCUUACGACACCGCCCUUCUCUUAAACUCCCUUUAUAUCUUUCUCGUUUUAUUCAUUUAGUUUGGGCGGCAUUGCAUGCAUUGAUAUACCUCGAUUUCUU